GGGUGCGGGGCGGCGCCAUCUUUGUGCGGGGCAGGGGGCGGGGGGACCGGCCGGAAGUGAGGAGUCGGAGGGUGAAGGGUGUCACACACCGGCUGUCCCGACAGGAGUGAGGGAGUGGGGCCGGGCGCGGGAGCCACCACCGGCGAUGACUCACCUCGAAGCGCAGAUCUGCUCCCACCUGCUGCUGGCGCACUACGGCCAGAUCGUGUCCACCGUCGGCACGCACCUCAUCCACACCGGCUGCCAGCCCCUGCGCCUGAUCGCCACGGACACCGGCACCCCCGUCGACCAGGUGAAGAAGGCCCUGUGUGUCCUCAUCCACCACAACUUCGCCACCUACCACCUGCACAAGCGGGGCUUUGUGGAGUACGAGCUGCACGGCGCCCACGUCCUGCGCAUCCUGCGCUACCCCCGCUACAUCUACUCCGCCAAGACCCUGUACGGCGACACGGGCGAACUCAUCAUCGAGGAGCUGCUCCAGAACGGCAAGAUGACCAUGAGCGCCGUGGUGAAGAAGGUGGCCAACAGGCUGACCGAGACCAUGGAGGACAACCAGAGUCUGGAGUACAGUGAAGCCUCCAACACCUUCAUCCGGCUGGUGGAGACGCACUUCCUGCAGAAGUGCGGCACCGUUCCCGAGUCGCUUCCGGCCGAGGGCUCCCGCCCCCCUGCCGCUCCCACGCUGGUCACGGACGAGAAGGAGAUGUACACUGUGCCCGACCUCGGGCUGAUCGGUCAGGGCAAGCGCAGACGGCGGUCGUCGGGAGACGGCGGGGAGCCCCGGGCGAAACGCUGGAAGCACGACCGAGGGGAGCAGGAGCCUCCCCCCGACGAUGGCGUUUACUGGCAGGUGAACUUCGACCGCUUCCAUCAGCACUUCCGCGACCAGGCCAUCGUGGCCGCUGUCGGCAGCAAACUUGACCAGACCAGCAGCGAAAUAGUCCGGACCAUGCUGAGGAUGAGCGAGGUCACCACGUCCUCCCACUCCUCUCACACGCAGCCGCUCUCGUCCAAUGAGAUAUUCCGAGCUUUUCCUGCCGGAUACAACCUCUCCAAACAGGUGCUGGACCAAUACCUCACGCUGCUGAGUGACGAUCCAAUGGAGUUCGUCGGGAAAACCGGGGACAGCGGUGGUGGGAUGUUCGUGAUCAACCUCCAUCGGGCCCUUGCAUCUCUGGCCUGUGCUACGGUGGAAUCAGUUGUGCAGGAGCGGUUCGGCUCGCGGUCGGCACGGAUUUUCCGGCUCCUGCUCCGGAAGCGGCACCUGGAGCAGAAACAGGUGGAGGACUUCGCCAUGAUCCCGGCCAAGGAGGCGAAGGAGAUGAUGUACCGGAUGUUGUCGGAGAACUUCAUCUCCCUUCAGGAAAUCCCCAAAACACCGGACCACGCACCUUCCAGAACCUUCUAUCUGUACACCGUCAACUUCCAGGCAACAGCACGCAUGAUAUUACAGCGCUGUUACAAGACUGUGGUUAACCUGAUCGAUCGACGGGAGCAUGAAACUCGAGAGAACAAGCGUCUGCUGGAGAAGUCCCAGCGAAUAGAGGCCAUCAUGGCGUCAAUGCAGGCCACGGGGGCAGAGGAGCUGCAGCUGCAGGAGAUAGAGGAGAUGAUCACCGCUCCUGAGCAGCAGCAACUGGAGACGCUCAAACACAACGUCAACAUGUUGGAUUCGAGUGAGAAUCAGGUGGACGAGACUAUAUUUAUGUUGGAGUCCUACAUUGCCACAACCCGGAUCGAAAAGGAGGUCCCACCGAAACGUCCAAGGAGAUGACGUCCAGUAUGUUGCUGGGAGCUGCUCCACCGGCAGUGCCGCCAGUGUGCGGGGGUGGGCGGCUCUCCCCAGGAGCGCUGCUGGAGAUGAUGCUGCUGGUGGUCCGGCUAGCCGUCCCAUGCAUGCUCCGAGCCGGGCUG